GAGACCAGAGCACACACAUACGGAGGGUUUUUGGAGGAGGAAAAACAAAAAGACAUGCACUGAUCUCUCUCUCCUCUCUCGGGGCUGGUUCUCUACACAUUCAUUCACACAACACCCACACACAGAUGGCAUAACACAACAGACACACAGACUCAGCACACACAAGGGGAACUCACAGACACACUGAUACACAGACAUACACUUCUCUUUGGGGUCGGGGGAGGACAGACGGAGCACUCACACACACAGAUGCACACACGGGUUUAGGGAGAGGGAGAAGAAACCAUUAAGAGACACCCAUGCACACCUACACACGGACAUGCACCAGUUCUCUCUCUCUUCUCUUUCUAACACAAACCCAGCACACACACUCACACACACACAGCACACACACAUAUGUAUCCAUGCUUCACCGCACACACACUGAGCUUCACUGAUACACACUCACGGCACACACAAACCCAUCACUGCCAUACACCCAGCAGCUCACACACACACCCAUCACCUCUCACUCAUGGCAUGCACACACGCACACAGCUCAUCACCUCUCACUCAUGGCAUACACAACACAGACGGCGCACACACACACGGCUAACCUCUCUCCCUCGUCCUCUGAACCCAGACAUACAUGCACACACAGUUUAGAGAGAGAGCAUGACACACAGUCGGGAUACACCAUACACAACACACAGCAGACACAUACCACUGCCAUCACACGCACACACGGAGCUGCGACAACACACAACACAUGCAUACAGAUGAUUGAUACGGACAGAUAGAGGGACCAUUUCAUGACAGAUAUGGGUAGAGAGAGGGAGGAGACAUCCACCCAACACACCAUUGAGAAGAAGACCAUUAGACAGCAGCACACAGGGACAUAGAGGGAGGCACUGAUUUCUCUCUUCUGUCUCUCGGCAAACCCAGCACACAUGGAGAGGGACUGAACACACACAGACACAAGCUUCACCUCUCUCUUUCUCUCCUUCCACAGCACACCUCUCACACAUGCACUCUCUCUCCAUGCAUGACAUAGAUACCAUAGUUCUAAAUCGCGGUACCGGGUAACGUAACGGUAUCGAUCGCGGAGUAUCGGUAUCGGUAGUAUCGACCGGUCGUUAUGUGGCACUGCACAGAGCUGCAAUCGAAGGUGACUUCUUCACAGAGCAUCACAUAUACUUCUUAUACUUCUUAUAUAUAUCCCCUUUGUAAAAAAACAGAGCAUCACAUAUAUAUGACUUCUUCAGCCAAAAUAAAAAAACAGACCAUCACAUUCACAUAUACAAACAGAGCAUCAUAGAACAAACCUUCAACAGAGCAUCAGCCGUAUUGGACUGUAUCGGAAACAAAUCGCUUACGUAUCGGAUUCAGGCCGAUACGUAUCGGGAAUCGGCCGCUACGGACGCGAAAUUCAUUCUCGCCGGUAUACCGGUGUGUAUCCGAGUCGGUCCUCCCACUUUCCGGUACGAACCGGCCAGUACGGCACGUAGUGGCUGAUAUUUAGAACCUUGAUAGAUACACACAGACCGAGUGGAAGGGGGGGAGGAGCUCACUGAUUCACAAACACACACCAAACCCAUGCACCCAACACUCACACACACACAUCACACACUCACGGCAGCAUCACAUGAUACAGAGGCAACACACAUGCAAACCAAGAGGGAGACCACCAACUUUUCUCUCUCUAGAGAGACACCCACUCAAUCUCCCUCUCUCUCUCUCUCUCUCUCUCUCUCUCUGCAUAUUUCCUCCCUACUUGAAAUCCCUUCCCUAUCUGCAUCUUUUUGAUAAUAUAUCUCUUUCUUGUUGGUUGCUUGAAGUUCAAUGGAUCCAGAAAUAGAUUUUUGGACUUAUCUAUCAUCAUUGCCGGAUACGUCUGAUAUAGCUGAUACAUCUGAUAAUGAUGUUAAUGAGCUUGCAGUUGAUGAAUACAACCAUCGCAUCAAGGACACAAAUAAAGAGUUGGAGUUUGUGAAGGUUUUGAAGUCAAUGUCUCAGGCUGCCUGUGUACUCAGGUUUUAUAUGACCUUCAGUGCCAAGGAUCUUGCUGAUGGAGGCAAUAUUAAUACAUAUCAAGCUGUGGUGCUAAUGGGGGUAGGUUCUGAGAUGUCAGUGUUAUCUUUCAGGCUCAAACCUCCUGACAGUCAUGGGAAAGAAUGGUUCUGGGAAGAAGAUGACCUUUGCAAUGGAGUUAAAGUGCAUGUGAUGACAUUUGAGGUGGGAAAGGUGCUUGAGGAUGCAAAGUGGCAAGCCCAUGUAUACUGUGUCAAGGUGGGAAAGAACUCUGUAAUUGAAUCUGUGUGGGUAAUUUUCUGACCACACUGUCCGCCUACUAAUCAGUUAGAGAGCACCGGCAGAAUAGAUGGCUUCAAC